AGCCAGUUGCAACUGCGUCAUCGUUCAUUCCCGCGACAUGACAAGGCGCCAAAUAACACUGAAUGGCAACUGCUUUAUCUAUAUCUACCACCUCCUCUUACUACAUAUAUACUGAAAUACACUCCUUCAACAUCACUUUUAUCCGUAUCAACAAACCUCCUUGAAAGGAUUGAUCUAUACCUUUCCUACAAUAAUCCACAUCAAACCCCCUAUACCAUAUCUUAUCAAGUAUAUACUAAAUCCUCCUUCGGCGAAUCCUGUCCCUGCUCGAUCCUCGUCUCCUCAAUAACUAAGGCGAGGAUCUUUGCGGAGUGUAUUUUGGUCAGAUAGGGUGGUUAACUGUCUUGUUAUCGUCGCCCAUUCGUCUCUUACUUCCUAUCAUACAUCACCAACAGAACCCGAUACGUCGUCUAAAUACGGCACUGAACUUGGUUAGAGAGAAGUACCGCGUAUGUUUAGAGAGACCAGCCUCAAGAUACAUAUCGAGGAUUGAACUUCAGGCGACACACUUGACCUCAAUGAUCCUUCAGGAGCUCCCUUUUGGAACCAACAGGUACUUAGGUAGCUAGAUAAUGAACUGUCUAUCUAGUUACUCAGCAUACUCGACUCCUGACAUACAUCCCCCACGGGCCAUUCCUACCAGUUCAUUUUUCGAUAACGGCGCUAUAACGCGAUUAGAAAUCUUCAACUUUGGGUCUCAGCCUGAAAUUCGAGUAGGAACACGAUACUAUGCCUCAGUGGCCACUAGAACGUGACCGCCGAUAUUGUCACACGAGGAAUCAAUCGGCCAUCAGUACUGCGCUCCUUUUGCUAUCACGCUUCCCACAAGCGGGUGCUAUUGUAUACCCGAGCAACCACGAGUUGUACGCUUUUGAUUAUCUAGGUACCAACAGGCAAUAUCAAGGAACCAGCCGACCUUUGACCAAGUACGACAAUGCAAUCCCUCUAAUCGUCACCAACAACUGCGGAGAAACUCUAUGGCCUGGUAUUAGAACUCAGCAUGGGGACCCUCCCGACUCUCACGGUUUCGAACUCGGCCCGGGCGAGACCAAAAUCCAGACUGUUGGCCCUACCUGGCAGGGAAGAAUAUGGGGUCGGACAAAUUGCAGCACUGGCGGGGACACAGCGACAUGUUUGACUGGUGACUGUUUUGGCAAGCUGGAUUGCGAGUAUGGUGGCGCUGUACCCGUCACUCUUGCUGAGUUCAAUCUUGCCGGUGGUGUGACUGGCAGGCAGACCUUCUACGACAUUUCACUUGUCGAUGGCUAUAACCUGCCUAUAGGAAUAGUCUACCAUCCCGCAGACAACACGUCCUACAUCCCGCCGAACCUAGUCAAUCCUUCAUGCAUCGGAACACCUGGAUACCUUUCUGCCUUCAGUAAGACUGGACUAACCUACACCAACUCGACCUAUCCUAUGCCAUACGAGGAUAUACAAUCCAAUGGUGACUUGGCUGGCUGGUGUCCAUGGAAUCUCCAAGCUUUCUUGCCGGAGAAGCCCGGAGACGGCAUAUACCCAUACCCGGACGACAAUUUACAGCGCCCGGUUUUCGAUCCGUGUAAGAGCGCAUGUGCGGCCGACAACUUUCCGUCGGAUUGCUGCACGGGCGACUAUAACGACCCGUGGAUUUGCCAACCUAGCCAGUACUCAUAUAACGCCAAGGCUAUGUGCCCUGACGCGUACAGCUACGCGUUCGAUGACCAGACAUCCACGUUUAUAAUUCCCAGCGGAGGCGGGUGGGAAGUUGUGUUUUGCCCGGAGGGGCGAAGCACUGCGAUAUUAGCAGCGUUUGCGGACGAGCUACAUCAGAUUGCGGCGAGCGGAAAGGUAACCCCUGAUAUUCUGCAAAAGGCGAUGAAUAUAAGUUAUAUCGAGUCGAAACAAAGUGCCGCGGUGGGUUUCAAGGCACCUAUAAUGGGGUGGAUGUUGGUUGCUGGCAUGGCGAUUGGCAUCAUGUUGGCUUAGGGAUGACAGAGGGUGUUGUGGUUAGAAAGGGAUGAAUGAUAUGACGAAUGAAGAAGAGACGAUGGAUAGAACAUAACAGGACAUGGCACGGCGUUUGGAAACGUGAUGGGUAUACCCGCCAUGGUUGAGAGUUAUGGCUACUUGCGCUAGAGGAGCCUUGUUGUACCAAUCACCUGACCUAUAUAAUUCAAGUAUAUCUUCCCCUACAUAUGUACCUAAGACACCUCAAGGUAUGACUUGAUCACAGCAGAAGUGUAUUAUACAACCAGGCGAGUGUCAAACAAAAAGGAGUGCGGAUGCUUCCCCAAGGUUGAUGUGAUUUUUUUGGGGAAAUGGUGAUCAAAAUGAUUGUAGCCCCUUUUCAUAAGGAGGUACAGACAAUAGAUAGUCAAAAUUGGUUCGGGUUUUGACUUUCAAACUGCUAACAUUCUUGGGAAUAUUAACUGACACACUGACACACUG